AUGGCUAAAGUGGCAAUCCCGAAGAUUAAAUUUACUCAUGAGGAUGAUGAACGCUUAACCACAAUUGUUGAAAGAUUAGGUACAGAAAACUGGGAUCUUGUUAGCCAAGAAAUGAAAACUAAGAAUGCUAGGCAAUGCCGUGAGCGAUGGAUUAAUUAUCUAUCCCCAGAGCUCAGGAAUGAUCCAUGGACAGACGAGGAAGAUAAAAUGCUUGAUGAGCUUUAUCAAGAGUUUGGUUCCCGUUGGCAUAAAAUUGCUGAAUUUUUCCCAACAAGAUCUGGCAAUUGCAUCAGAAAUAGAUUUAAAUUACGUCAACGAAGAGCUCUCAGAAAGAAGUCCAAAAAAGAUACUAAAAUUAUUAAAAAUGGUCUUAAAGUUAAGAAGAAUGAUAAUACUUGCAAGGAUUCGAAUUCCAAAAUAAUGCAGUUCUUAUCAACAGUUUCUCAAGAAGAGAUAUUUAAUCUCUUCUACUCUCCUAUGGAUUCAAUUGAUGAACUUAUUUAA